AUGGUGCCCGUGGUUUCCCAGAUUCUUAGUUUCCUACCCGAAAAGAAACUAAUUACUGAAGCAAAAUCCCUCAACCGCCAUUCUUCCGAUUUAACACUUACACAAACCCAACAAUUUCAUGUCCACCAGACCACCACCCCAUCUCACUGCUCAUUCUACACACUGCGCCUUCUCUCCACCGUUUCUCAAGCUUGCUGCCCCGGGGAAGCAACUACUGACGACGGUCGAUUCACUGUCUUCACAAAAUCGACCAGAAAAUCGUUCCCAAAGUUCCAAUCCCAGUUUCCCUCACUGACGCCUUUGUUGACACCCGCCGCUUCAAUCGCCGAAAUCCAGCACCGUUUUCUAUCAUCGAUGUCACCUCUGUUUACGCCCACCACAAUCAUCAGCCUUCGCUUCUCUAAAAUCCUGUUUGGGUUGUUUUCUAUUUCCGCUUUGUGA